AUGGCGACCCAAAUUGGGCUGUUAUCACCACCAAGAGACCCCUCUCUGGACGGCCCCGUGAACGGAAAGCAGAGAAGAAAGACAUUGUCGAGGAACUUCACUGCUUGGGCAUUGUUCCAUUUCCAUGUGAUUCAUGUUUAUAUUCUGUUUGAACCACCUCUCAUCAAAAAGCCCCCCGAUGUUCCGCUCCCUGAUCCUGCAACCAAUCCGGAAUGGUAUGACCAGAUUUGGUUGAAGUAUCCAGGAGACACCAAACUACACACAACACAUUUUCCUUACCAGUUCCAGGCUCAGUGCCAAGUUCGCGUCAUCAUGAACGACCUGUGGAUGGAGCGGUUUGGCUCGUCCCGACAGAGUUCGCCUGAGGGAGGUACCACCAUGCUUCCGUCAACCCAGCUGGAGCAAACCAACGAGUUCUACGCUCAACUUAAGGCGUGGUUGGAUUUCUUGCCUGACCCUCUAACCCCCCCGAGGAUUGUUUUUCCAAGCCAGAUUCUCCUGCACUCAAACUACCAAAAUAACCUUGCCAAUCUUUACGAGUCUAUCGCACCGACGUCCUCCAAUGUAGAGAUGAUAAACACCAUCAAGCAAGCCGCUUCCUGCAACUUUGAAACUUUACUCCGCUUCUAUUACCUACGCCACGGCUUUAGCUACGGAGACCAGUUUCUUGUCCAGCCAUUAAACACUCUUGGCUUUUGGUCCCUGAGCAAGGUCCAUGCCAUUGUCUCCCAGAAUCAUGAGAUACACGAAGAGAACAAUAGCGAGCUGAAAGCAACCCAAUCCACGCUCCUGCUGGCAGCCAAAGGCCUCUAUGAGCAAUCGGCUUCAUUUUAUCUCGAUCGCCUCCCCCUUCAACUACUCCGCUCCAAGAUGCGACCACAGGAAAGAAAUUUGCUUGAGAGCGAGGUACUCUUUUACGACCGUGAUUACGCGGGCCAUCAUCUUCCAGGCAAUCAGCACGACAAAAGAAUCAAAAGCGAAGAAAACAACAAAAAGGAAGACGGCCAGGCCGGUUCCCAAACUGUUAGCGAUCGGGCUGGCGAUAACAAGGAUCAAGGAUCGACCGGGAAAGAACCAAUUCGGAAGUGAGGAGCAAGUGGGUGGUCACGAUCAGGAGCGUGGACGAUGAUCCUGAGAUUCACAGGCUGCAGAAACUGGUCAAGGAUAAUCUGAAAUUAGAUGAGACUGUCGAGUGGUGUGAUGAGGAUGAGGGAGCGUUUUAUUGCUCAGUGAAUGGGCAACAACACCACACCGCUUUGAAGACAGGAAAUUAGGGAAAUAAAACAUGGCUUUUCAUACAUAUACUUACUUGACAUUCUCCAAGACCUAUUAGCCCUCUUUUCACACUUAACAAUGAUCUUU